CAUCACGGAAGAGAAGUUGCUCAAAGCUGUGAAGACCGAUGUGGCUAAAACCUUUCCUCGUUUCACCAAAUAGAUGAUGUUUUCUUUACAGACCUUCACAGACUUCAUGUGCCAGUUUUAUGCAUCUGUGGGGUGGAUUUCGCCUGAAUAUGAAUGAUCAGAGGAGAAAUGCUUUAAAAACAACACUGCAGCUGAUGUGUCAACUUCUGUGGGUGGUGGGGUUGGUGGUGGGCCUGAGUGGAGUCUACCUGCUGAUGAAGUACAGUAAAAGCAGCUUGUUCUUCUCUCAGGUUUACAUCACCCUGCCGGCUGUCCUCACUCUGACCAGUGCUGCGUUCCUUUUGGCCACCGGGUGUCUCGGCUCCUGGCUGAGCCUCAGGGAUUCCUCCUGCCUGCAGGGACUGUUUGUUUAUCUGCUAGUUGUGAUCUUUUGCCUGGAAAGUACGGCUUCAGCAUUGGCUUAUUUCCACUCAGUUAAGCUGGAGACAGAGAUAGCUAACUUCAGUGUUGUGUUUGAGACGUACAUGGGCAGCAGCGAGGACCCCAACUCUUGGACCGUGGAUGCCACCCAAGAAGAGUUCCAGUGUUGUGGUGUCCAUGACUACAGGGAUUGGCUGGAAACUUCGUGGUUUAACCGAACCGGAGGACUCUGGGUUCCUCACAGCUGCUGCAACGUUACUUUCCCCUCUUGUAAUGGCUCUGUGGAAGAAUCAUGGCAGCUUUAUGCAGAGGGCUGCCAGGUGAAGGUGGAGAUGGCCUUUCAGUUUAUGCUGAGUUUUAUCAUCUGGGGUUCACCACUGGUUUUUCUAGUGGAGGUUGUUUUGUUGCUGACGGUGGCCCAGCUGAUGAGGGAACAACCUUUUAUGGGAUAUCAAAUACUGGAAAAACCUAAACACACUGCGACAGAUGGGAGAGCACUGUACUGUACAUAGUGUGUCACUGUAUAUUGUGCAAACCUCACCACUGUUUAACAAUAAAAGUACACUACAAAACAUGUAACACAACAGUCGUGGAAAGACAUAAAUCGCGUAAUGCAGUUGUAGUCUUAAUUACGGGAUUUUCUGGCAACAAAAAGAUGAUGUUUAUAACUUUCAGGGUGAUGUCUGACACUACAGAUUAGCAGGAAAAGUGGGAAAAAAAUCUUACUGAUGUCUCACAUCUUCUGUUUGAUGAAUAUGAGUAGUCACUGGGUGGAAGGUACAGGCUUGUUUUUUUUUUUUUUUUUUAGACAACUUUCUUUGAACAUGCUGCAUUUCUACCCAACUAGAUUUUUUGUUCUAAAUAUACUGUUUUUAUCUUCUUUUUUUAUAAAGUUCUCAAAAUGUUCUUAAAGGUAGGAAAAUAGUCUAGGUCUCAUUGACUCUCAUUGUAUUUAUUUUUAUGUAUCAAACGUUUUCUUUCAUUUCAUUACGUUUUCCAGGAAAAGGUCAGGGAACAUCAUCAGAGACCCCACUCAUCCUGGACAUAAACUGUUCACCCCCCUCCCUGCCAUAA